UUUCUAUUUUUAGCCCUAUCAUUUAAAAGGCGUUAAACUUGGACAGAGCAUUUUUUUCACAACACAUGCUCUACGCAUCUUUAAUUAGUCAGAAUUUAGACAAUGUUCAAUAAUAUCUGUCCCAUCAACCUAUAAAGAGACACAAUGCAUUGAAAUAUGACAUCGCACAGAUCGGACCUGGUUGUCAUAAGAAUUCCAAAGGUCGUGUUAGGUCCUAUUCAACACCAGUCAUGCUAUAUGGGUACGCUUUGUCAAACCCUACAAACUUGCCGGUAAGAUUGAAUAAGACGGCGAGGUUAUAUUUAGGGAAAAUCUGAUGUACAGCAAUUAGUAUUUAAACUUGAUUAUUGGAAUCAUUUCAAUACGCAAAGCAUUAAAUCUCUUUGCUGCAAUACGGAAAGAUCGAGAUUUUAUCGGAGGGACCAAGCUUGAAGGCAAUGUUGUGACAGUGCCUCAGUUUUCUGUUGGGAACAUUGGACGGCAUUUCAGGGAUAGAAGUUUAUGAUCAAUAUUUGACAAUAAGAAGUUGGAUUUAUACCCGAAGACAAGACAUAUUCAAGACGGAGUCGUUACCGAGCUUGUUCCCAGAACAUGACUCAACUAAAUCUAAAUUAUGCGUCUCUAACUUCAUUUCUGAAUAAUGAAAAUUUCGUUCUACCUGGAUUUUAUUGUGUAUGUGAUUUCCUUGUCCUAUGUGAUCCGUGUGUCUGUUUGUGAGAAGACUAAUAUUACUGUUGGAUACUUAACAGUAGACAAGACUGACAAGUUCAUCCGUAAUCGACAAGGAAGGAUAAUCUCCGGAGCUAUAACCUACGCUCUACAACAGAUUAAUGCCGACCCCAAUAUUCUCCCUAACCACACCCUGAACCUGAUAUGGGGAGAUACCAGAGGGGAUACACUGACUGGGGUCAGGCUUUUAACUGACCAAUGGAGACAAGGGGUGGUAGCGUUCUUUGGGUUAGAGGACAGCUGUAGUGUGGAGGCUCGGGUGGCGGCGGCAUGGAACCUUCCCCUCAUAUCCUAUAAAUGUGCAGACGAUGACGUCUCCAUUAAAAGCAAGUACCCCACCUUCGCCAGAACAUAUCCUCCCGUAACCCAGGUAACCAAGUCCCUCGUGGCCCUGCUGCUUCACUUCAACUGGAGGAAGUUCACAAUGGUUGUGGGGUCCUCUCACAAGCAGCAGACGAUUGCCGAAAAGCUGUUGGAGUAUGCAGAAAUUUCCAACAUCACAGUAAAUGAUAGACAGGAAUAUACUGAGCCUUACAUGCCCUUUACCAACGGGAACCCAUUCCCAGGGAUUGUGGACAGAUCAUAUGUAGACACAAGAGUAUAUGUUUUCUUGGGAGAUUUGAAUGGAGUAGUGGAUCUGAUGACGAAUCUAUAUGACAGGGGUCUGCUAGACACAGGGGAAUAUAUCGUCAUAUUCGUAGAUCACGUGACUUUCGACAGAACGGAUCCUCUCAAAUACUUCAAACGGACGAUUGACAACCCUGAGGAGACGAGGAACGUGGACGCCGCCCGUUCCUUGUUGAUUAUCACACUCAGUCCCUACUCCAGCGAAAACUACACAUUUUUUCAGGACAGAGUCAGAAAAUUCAACGAAGAACCUCCAUUUAGUUUCUACGAUCCGUUCCCUGCGUUUGCGAAACUGAUAACAGUAUAUGCUGCUUACUUGUAUGACGCAGUCAUACUUUACGCGAAAGCUGCUCACAAGCUGAUUGAAUCAGGAGGAGAAAUAACCAAUGGAACCGCCAUCAUUCACUCCCUUUUGAACCAAACUUACGAAAGUAUUCAAGGCACAACAACUUUUAUUGAUCAGAAUGGAGAUGCAGAGGGGAAUUAUACUCUUCUGGCCAGGAUGGAAAUAGAUGACCCGUUAACUAAGUAUUCCAUGCAGCCAGUUGGUCACUUUCAAUCUAGCGAUGGCUCUUUACCGGUCCUCAGAUUGUACGGUUCUGACAUGAUCGAUUGGGUGUCCGGAUAUCCCCCUGAUGAUGAACCAGAUUGUGGGUACAGACGAGAACGAUGCAUACCGCCAAAACAGUACACACUGGAGAUUGUGCUUGGGACUGUGGGAGUCCUCCUGUUGAUCUCCUUAAUAGUAGUCCUUAUUGUCUACAGGAACUGGAAAUACGAGCAGGAAAUCGCCGGUCUGUUGUGGAAGGUGGAUAAAGCGGAUAUUCACGCUUCAGUGUCCGGCCACAAGAACGCAGAAUUCAUCAUGGACUCAGAAAAGAAGGAGGCCUAUGGCAGCAAGUUGUCCUUAAACAGUCAGCAGUCCAUGGACUCCCGCGCAUCCAACCAGCAGGUCUACGCCGCAACAAGCUAUUAUAAAGGACAACUAGUCGCCAUCAAGAAAUACGAAAUCAAAUCUCUGGUCAUCAAUAGAAAAAUGCAGAAGGAAAUGAAAGUGAUGCGGGAUUUACGACACAGUAAUGUCAAUGCGUUUAUUGGUGCGUGUAUUGACCAUCCGAGAUUUAUUAUCCUGACUGAAUACUGCUCCAAAGGCAGCCUGCAAGACAUUUUGGAAAACGAAGACGUCAAACUAGAUGACAUGUUCAUCGCAUCAAUGAUUAAAGAUAUGAUACAGGGUCUCCUUUUUCUGCACAACAGUGAACUUGGUUUCCAUGGUAAUUUGAAGUCUUCAAACUGUGUUGUCAAUAGCCGCUGGACACUGCAAGUGUCUGACUUUGGACUUCUUGAUAUCCGAGCCAAAACGUAUCGGAAAGAAGACGAGCAUGCAUACUACCGAAAUUUAUUUUGGCGUGCACCUGAAGAAUUACGUAGUCCCCAGAGAAGAGGGUCACCAAAGGGGGACGUGUAUGCGUUUGGGAUUAUUCUGCAUGAAAUUUUCGGAAGAUGGGGGCCUUUUGGAUUUUGUAAUAUGGUGCCUAAAGAUAUUGUAUACCGUGUAAUGGAUGGUGGACCAAUCCCCUUCAGACCAGAUACAGGUUCUUUGAAAUGUGAAAAGUAUGUGAUUGACUGUAUGGUGGAGUGUUGGAGUGAAUUGCCGGAAGACAGACCCGAUUUCCGUUUCAUUUACAAAACAUUACACAAAAUGCGAGAGGGAAUGAAGAGAAAUAUCUUUGACCAGAUCAUGACGAUGAUGGAAUCUUACCAAAACCAUUUGGAGGAAUUGGUAGAGAGUAGAACAAUACAAUUGGCUGAUGAAAAGAGAAAAACGGAGACAUUGCUGCACCGCAUGCUUCCUAGACCGAUAGCUGACCAACUGAUGCAGGGACAUUUCGUCAAACCGGAAGUGUAUAACUCUGUUACGGUCUACUUCAGCGAUAUAUGUGGAUUCACGCAACUUUCAGCAGAAAUCACACCAAUGGAGGUAGUUCAGAUGUUGAAUUCUUUAUACACCAUGUUUGAUUCCAUCAUCAAAAAUUACGAUGUGUACAAAGUGGAAACGAUUGGUGACGCCUAUAUGGUUGUGAGCGGACUUCCUAUCAGGAAUGGGGACACACAUGCCGGCGAAAUUGCGUCAAUGUCUCUAGAACUUCUUCGUGCAAUAACAACGUUUCGUAUAGCAUUCAUUCCAAGUAAAACUCUUAAGCUUAGGAUUGGAAUGCACUCAGGGCCUUGUGUAGCGGGGGUAGUCGGUCUCACGAUGCCACGAUACACUUUAUUUGGAGAUACGGUGAAUACUGCCUCCAGAAUGGAGUCCAAUGGAGAACCACUACAAAUUCACUGUAGUGAAUCCUCUAAGGAGUUUCUUGACAAAUUAGGCGGAUACACGCUGGAACCACGGGGUCUUGUAGAGAUGAAGGGAAAAGGACAACUAUUCACCUACUGGUUGGUCAGCGAAGAAGCUCAUAUUCGACGACAGAGAUUACAAAGGUGUAGCCAGACACUAAAAAUGAACACAACCUGGGCAAGAGCUACUCGACAAGCGUACCUGCAGUUCUGUAAAAGUGAUGACAAUGGUGAACAAACAGCCGACGAUAAUCAACCUCUUAUGGACAUUUUCAGAGAAAAUGAGAAUCAUUCUAUUAACGAAGAAUCUCCUAAAAUUAAGCAUCAGGAAUACAGCUCACCAUUGGAAAUCCGUUCGUUUUCAUCAAAAUUACGAUAUAUUCCGAACGGAAUUAUUUCGGAAGACAAACGUUUUAGUGAUAUCAAAAUAAUGGGCUCAGGACAAGAUAUUGUUGAGCGUACGGCGCUAAUUUCCAAUCACGAUUUUUACGACAGUGACAUUGAGGCACAGGAGAGGACUAGACAUUUGUCUGUUGGCAAUAGGACCCACAUCACACUGGUGGAUGGUACACGUGAACGACCAAGCAGUGCCCGAAACAAUAAUCGGGAAAUGUAUAAACUAAACAGUGAAAGUUCACCGGAGUACCAGUCUCUGAUAUCGGAUUCGGCAGUUUGAUUGUCUGAAAUCGAGUUAAUACAACCCGAUAUAAACGCUACAUCAAUAAUUAACUCUCCGAUUUUAUUCAACCAAAAGAGAGGCUAAAUCAACGAACUUCAGAUAUAUUGAUCAAUUCUGAUGCUUUAACGUGUGAUUGAGGAAUGAGAAGAGAAUUAACUCUAUCUUACUUUUAAAGAUAAUUCUCAGUAUAUGGAGGGAAAUGAUUUCAAGACAGAGAUAUUUAAAGUGAGCAAAGCAUUUUGUGAUAUUUUUCAUUCCAAAUACCAAAAUCCGACUAUGAUCAUAUCAAUUCCAUUCCAUGGGUCGUCCAGCGUAUAUACACGUGUGUGUGUGUGUGUGUGAGUGUGUCAGAUGAAAUAUGUCAGUUUGUCUUUAAAUUAUUUGCACGGUAUGUCUGUACGAGUAUAACGACAGUUUUUACUAUUUGUAUACAUAAGGAUGUUAUUUAAAAUGAUGAAUUCCUUGUUAAGUAAUAAAAGAGUAUUAAAAA